UUGAAGAACAUCCACAAAGCAAAGCAGAAAAAAAAAAAAAAUGAUGAAUCUUGUUUCCCUUUGCCUAGUUCUCACUUCACUAUUCGCAGCAGGAGUUUGGUCUCCAUCACCACCACUAUCGGAGAAGAAGAAGAAUCAGGAGGAAGUGAUAGUAAAAAAGGGCCACCGAGUCGUUGUCGUUGAAUACGACGAUCAAAAACAACAUCCAAACACAAAAAUCUCAAUCUCACCUGACUAUGAUGGCGAUGGAAUUUCCCAUACUUAUCAGAAAUUUUCUACAGAAACCAUGGAUGCAUUAGGAAAUGCAAAGGAUAAGAUCAAAGAAGCUUCUUCUUCUUCUUCUCUCGUUCCGAAUCUCGGUCGUUACGAAGAUGGAAAAAGUCCCAAAGAGCUCAUCUGCGAUGCAUAUGGAAAAUGCAAGCACAAGAUAGCAACUGCAAUGGAGAAGACGAAAGACGCAGUCUCUGAGAAAACCCACGAAGCAUAUGAUAAAGCCAAAGAGAGAGUUUCUCAUAAAGCACACGACGUCGGAGAAGCAGUAGAGGAAGCCUAUGACAAAGCCAAAGAGACCGUUUCAGAUAAAGCACAGAGAAUAGAACACCGGGCUAAAGAAUCGGCGGAGAAAGCUAAAGAAACCAUGAAAGCCGCAAAGGAUGUAGGGAAGACCAUCGCUAACGAUGUGGUUGAUAACGUUUCAGGACAGGUAGGUGAGGCUACACAUAAUAUUACUGAGCAUGCCGGUGCUAAAGUUAGAGAUGGUGCUGAAAAGAUUAAAACAAAGAGCAAAAAGAGAUUUUAUGAAAAGCCAAGUUAUGGGUUCGGUAAUUUGAUGAGCAAUGUAUUUGGGGUGAUGAAUUUCGUGGGUUUGGCUGCAGCUUUCGGGAUGUCUACGUGGGUUACGUUUAUCUCGAGCUAUGUCUUAGCCAAUGCCCUGCCUAGACAUCAAUUUGGAGUCGUACAGAGCAAGAUAUACCCUGUUUAUUUUAAGGCUAUGGCUUGGAGUAUUGGGUUGGCUUUGUUGGGUCAUUUAUUGUCCCAUAAAGGAAGGUUGUUUUCCAGCAAGAUUGAAAUGUUUCAUACUUAUUGUCUUAUGUCCUCGCUUUUGAUGGAUUUGGCCAAUUUGUUCUACGUGGAACCUCGAGCUACUAAGGUAAUGUUUGAGAAGAUGAGGCUAGAGAAGGAAGAGGGAAGAGGAAAACAAGAACUUACGGCAGAUCCGCCGGGCGGAGCAACAACCGAGCACAGGCCGGUCAACGGACCGUCACCCUUAACUACCAAUGGCAAGGAUGCCUCAGCUCCCUCAGCAUCAUCACUACCAGGAGUGGAUCCUGAAGUUAGGAAUAGGGUUAUGAAGUUGAAUAACAGGCUAAAGAAACUAAAUACAUGCUCUUCAAUUCUCAACAUACUAACUUUAAUGGCUCUUAGUUGUCAUCUUGUUCAUUUGGGACGGCGUGUAAUGUUGGUGCUUUGAUUCCUCUGAUCCACAUACAUGAACAAUAUGGUUCUGCAUGGUCGGCGAUCAAAAGUCUUCCUUUUUGAUCUAUAUGUCUGUAAUAUUUGGCUUGCUAAAUAUUUUGUGCUGUAAAAUAUACGUACGCUUAUAAGAUGUAUACGUUAGAUUUGAGAUAGGAAGUAUUUUAGUUAAUGUCUUGAAUAUUUAUUUCUCUGCAUGUUAAUUGAACUCCUAGUCCUUUGUAGGAAUUCAAAUUUGUUGUUCCACAAGCAAUGUAACUAAUAGAGAGGAUCAUGUAUUGGUGUC